GACUUAGACUGUGUUGCACGAUCUGUACUCUAAACUCUGCUCGAUACAACUGGAGGCUCUGAGAACAUACUGUAGCCAUCUGGACUCUGCUAGAUACACCUCAACCAGUGUCUGAUUCUUUGAUUUUUCUUUGGAUGCUCUGAGAACGCUCUAGGCACUGUUCUGUAGCCAUGCUGUGUGGUCUAAGGAGGGACGUGAAGAACAGCUUUGAUGAUGGUCCUUACUCUAAAGGGAACAAGGACUCACAGGGGACAGACAAUUCCUUGCCCUCCAGGAGACAGAGUAUCCCAGAAGAUCUGCGGGGCGUGACGAUAGUAGAGCUGAUUAAGAAGGAAGGCAGCACCUUGGGCCUCACCAUCUCUGGAGGAACAGACAAGGACGGAAAGCCCCGCGUCUCCAACCUACGACCAGGAGGACUGGCUGCCAGGAGUGAUCAGCUGAAUGUUGGCGACUACAUCAAGUCAGUGAAUGGUAUCAACCUGACCAAGCUGAGACAUGAAGAGAUCAUCAGUCUGUUGAAGAACGUGGGAGAACGAGUGGUGCUGGAAGUAGAGUACGAACUGCCCCCUUCAGCACCAGACAGCACAUCAGGUGUGAUUUCCAAGACAAUCGAGAUAUGUUUGCACAAAGAAGGGACCAGCUUCGGCUUCGUCAUGAGAGGGGGCUCGCACGAAGACUGGAACAAAUCACGCCCCCUAGUGGUGACGUACGUCCGGCCGGGAGGUCCUGCAGACAGAGAGAGCACUCUGAAGCCGGGCGACCGUCUGAUGAGUGUUGACGGGGUACCUCUCCACAGUGCCAACCAUGGAGAUGCCCUCACCGUGCUCAACCAGUGUGGUCAGGAGGCCCUUUUCCAGAUCGAAUAUGACGUCUCUAUCAUGGAUACUGUGAUUAAUGCAUCUGGUCCCCUAUUGGUGGAGAUCGCCAAAUCACCGGGGGCAGCUCUGGGUAUCACCUUGACAACCGCCACCCACAGGAACAAACAGGUCAUCGUCAUCGACAGGAUCAAAGCAGCUAGUGUGGUGGACAGGAGUGGAGCCCUCCAUAUAGGAGACCACAUCCUGUCCAUCGAUGGGACCAGCACGGAGCACUGUUCAGUCCUGGAGGCCACACAGCUAUUAGCCAGCACCUCAGACCAGGCCAAGCUAGAGAUUCUCCCCGCCCACCACAGCAGACUGCCCAGCAAACCCCAGGACACUGUGAAGGUUCAGAAGAGUGACAACCCCCACUCGUGGGACCCCUGUGUGAAUUACUGUCCCCCCCAGCAACCCUCCUCUCACUGUAAGACCAACACUAAUACCUGGACCACUUCCUCCAACCCCUCCAGCACACAGGAGUACUGCAAAUCCCUAGUGUCGACCAACUUCUCCCCUGGUUCCACCACCACCACCACAUCAGGUCCUGGGUCGACCAGCCAGAUCUCCAGUACCCUGCCCCGUACAGCUGUCCCCAUGAGUCCACGCAACUCCAUGAUGAAGAGACGGCAGAGGAAAAAAGAGCAUAAGAGCUCAUCUGUGUCACUGGCAUCCAGUACAGUGGGUCCUGGUGGUCAGAUCGUCCACACAGAGAGCAGUGAGAUCACCCUGAGAGGAGACCCUCUAAACGGCUUUGGGGUCCAGCUACAGGGAGGCAUCUUCGCUACAGAGACCCUCUCUGCUCCCCCGCUCAUACGUUUCAUAGAGCCGGACAGCUCGGCCGAGAGGUGCGGCCUGCUGCAGGUUGGAGACAGACUCCUGUCCAUCAACGGAAUCCCCACGGAGGAUGGAACACUGGAGGAGGCCAAUCAGCUUCUCCGAGACGCCGCUCUGGCCAAUAAGGUCUCUCUUGAAAUAGAGUUUGACGUCGCAGAGUCUGUUGUGCCCAGUAGUGGAACAUUCCAUGUGAAGCUGCCUAAGAAGAGAGGGGUGGAGCUGGGCAUCACUAUCAGUGCCAGUAAGAAGUCUGGAGAGCCUCUAAUCAUCUCAGACAUAAAGAAAGGCAGUAUGGCUCACAGGACUGGUACCCUGGAGCCAGGUGACAAGCUGCUGGCCAUAGACAACAUCAGACUGGAGAACUGUUCCAUGGAAGAUGCCUGUCAGAUCCUACAACAGGCAGAGGACCUGGUCAAACUCAAGAUCCGCAAGGACGAGGACAACUCAGAUGAACAGGAGACGUCUGGUUCUAUCAUCUAUACGGUGGAGCUGAAGAGAUAUGGAGGCCCCCUGGGCAUCACCAUCUCAGGCACAGAGGAGCCCUUUGACCCGAUCGUUAUCUCUGGCCUCACCAAGAGGGGCCUGGCUGAGAGGACCGGAGCCAUCCAUGUGGGAGAUCGUAUCCUGGCCAUCAACAGUGUCAGUCUGAAGGGAAAGCCGCUCAGCGAGGCCAUUCACCUACUACAGAUGGCCGGGGAGACGGUCACACUCAAGAUCAAAAAACAGGUCGACAUAGCAGACGAGAAGAAGAAGGAUGGAGAGAUGGAGAAUGAUUUGAGUGACACAGAGGACAUAUCAGACAUGACAGACUCUCAGAAGACCAACAAGCUGUCAGAGAUCUACUCCACCACCAUACCCAGUGUGGACUCUGCCAUGGAGUCCUGGGACGGAUCCGGCAUUGACGCCGGCUACGGAAGCCAGGGAACCUACAUCCACCAGGCAGCAGGCAUCGCCCUGCACCCCCAUGAGUGGAGGAGUGCCAAGCAAAGGAACAGCCCCCCACCCCCGGCCCGCCGUAGUAAGAACUACCCUUUUAGUGACGGGGGCUUCAGUGAAGACGACUGGGACAAACCGUCAGGAUACACCAGCCAGCCUCAUAGUGACGGCAUCAUGCUAGACCACGAGGACAGUUUCUGGUGUCAGGCCCUGGAAGACUUGGAGACCUGUGGACAGUCUGAGCUGCUCAGAGAGAUAGAGGCAUCCAUCAUGACAGGCAGUGCCAUCAGUAUUGGGGUGGAUGGUAACAAGUCCCAUAACGUCUCCCACCCUGGGGACCCCGUCAGCCAGCCCCGCGUCAGCCCUCUACGGAGGAGCUCCCUCCUGCACCACGAUGCGAAGACACACCUGCACCAGGAGGUCCACCUCCACCAGGAGGCCCAUCUGCCCCCGGAGGCCCAGCUCCUGCACCACGAGGCCAGGACCCAGCUGCAUCAUGAGGCCAAGGCCAAGAACACACUCCGGGUGUCUGAGAAGACCUGGGAAUCCCGCAGAAUCAAGGAGGAGAUGCAGGAGAUCUUGUCCCCGACCCCUCUUGAGCUACACAAGGUGACGGUGAUGAAGGAUCCAGAGAGCGAUGACUUCGGCUUCAGCGUAUCUGACGGGUUCCUAGAGAAAGGUGUUUAUGUCAACAUGAUCCGUCCCGAGGGCCCGGCGGACCGCGCAGGCCUGAAGCCAUAUGACAGGAUCCUACAGGUGAACCAUGUGCGUACCAGAGACUUUGACUGCUGCUUGGCUGUCCCCCUGAUCACAGAGGCUGGGGACAAGCUGGAGCUGGUGAUCAGCAGGAACCCUCUGGCCCAGCAACUGCACCAUGAACAGGACUGUCUGGACCAGGACCAAGGCCUUCUCGUCUCUGCACUGCAGUCCAACAGUAGGGAACACCACCACUAUAGCACCACCACCCGAGCCAUGGACCUGUGAUUACAGACACGCAGUAAAGACACACAGAACCACAGACCAGGACUAAGGACUACUGACUUCUGCACUGCAGUCCAACAGCAGAGACCACCUCUACAACUAGAUCCAUGGGCCUGUGAUUACAGACACAGACUACAGUCCCACCAAGCCACAGACCACUACCAUGGAACUGUAUCUGAAUUUACAACCGCACACAAAACCAUGUGUUUACAGACACACUAAUGACCUGUGACUUUACAAACAAAAGACACACAGUCAAAGACAAGCGCCAUGGACCUAUACAUACUACAGAUACACAGUAUAGACAUGCAGAGCCGCAGACCACAACUUUGAACCUGUGAUUACAGACACACCAUGCCUCAGACCUGUAACUACAGACCUGUAACUACAGACCUGUAACCACAGACCUGUAACCACAGACCUGUAACCACAGACCUGUAACUACAGACCUGUAACUACAGACCUGUAACUACAGACCUGUAACCACAGACCUGUAACUACAGACCUGUAACUACAGACCUGUAACUACAGACCUGUAACCACAGACCUGUAACCACAGACCUGUAACCACAGACCUGUAACCACAGACCUGUAGCUACAGACCUGUAACUACAGACCUGUAACUACAGACCUGUGACCACAGACCUGUAACUACAGACCUGUAACUACAGACCUGUAACCGCAGACCUGUAACCGCAGACAUGUAACCACAGACCUGUAACCACAGACCUGUAACUACAGACCUGUAACCACAGACCUGUAACCACAAACCUGUAACCACAAACCUGUAACUACAGACCUGUAACUACAGACCUGUAACCACAGACCUGUAACUACAGACCUGUAACUACAGACCUGUAACUAGAGACCUGUAACCACAGACCUGUAACUACAGACCUGUAACCACAGACCUGUGACCACAGACCUGUAACUACAGACCUGUGACCACAGACCUGUAACUACAGACCUGUAACCACAGACCUGUAACCACAGACCUGUAACCACAGACCUGUAACUACAGACCUGUAACUACAGACCUGUGACCACAGACCUGUGACCACAGACAUGUAACUACAAACCUGUAACCACAGACCUGUAACCACAGACCUGUAACUACAGACUUGUAACUGCAGACAUGUAACUGCAGACCUGUAACUGCAGACAUGUAACCACAGACCUGUAACCGCAGACCUGUAACCACAGACCUGUAACCAUAGACCUGUAACCGCAGACCUGUAACCGCAGACCUGUAACCACAGACCUGUAACCAUAGACCUGUAACCGCAGACCUGUAACUGCAGACCUGUAACUGCAGACCUGUAACUACAGACCUGUAACUGCAGACAUGUAACUACAGACCUGAAACUGCAGACCUGUAACUACAGACCUGUAACUGCAGACAUGUAACUACAGACCUGUAACUACAGACCUGUAACUACAGACCUGUAACUACAGACCUGUAACCACAGACCUGUAACUACAGACCUGUAACCACAGACCUGUAACCACAGACCUGUAACCACAGACCUGUAACUACAGACCUGUAACCACAGACCUGUAACUACAGACCUGUAACCACAGACCUGUAACUACAGACCUGUAACCACAGACCUGUAACUACAGACCUGUAACCACAGACCUGUAACCACAGACCUGUAACUACAGCCCUGUAACUACAGACCUGUAACCACAUACCUGUAACUACAGACCUGUAACCACAGACACACAGAGACAGAAACACAGACCAGCAUCACAGACCUGUGACACUACUAUACAGAUAAAAAUUAAAGGUGCACAUACAAAGUUGACGUGUUUACUACGUACAUCCCUGGACCUGUGACCAGGUGUUCAACUGACACGGAACCACAGACACUACCCGUGGAGGCUGGACUUGUACCAACAGCUACACCGUACAGACUCACAGAACUCUGUCUUCAGCCCUAUCAAACACGGUAAAAAAAAAUGUUAAGAUGUUUUUACAGAUUCCUUUUUACCCCAAGUCUCGUGUUUCCUGUGUUGUCAUUAUGUCAACCCCUUAUAUAAAAAAAAUGAAGAAACAGUUGACCUGUGACCUAUUCUGAAACUGCUUUUGUUUGUUUGAGUCUUCAAAAAGCAGAAGCCAUUUCGGCAUGGAAAAGCACACGCAUAUGAACACACACACACACACACACACACACACACACACACACACACACACACACACACACACACACACACACAUACACACACACACUGUUGACAGAUGGUGAAGGAGGACAAUGCAGAAGCCUGCUGCUAUUGGGGGGCUGAUGGGGAUAAUAAAACGAAAGUGUUUGGUCCUUCAGCAAAGACUUUUAUAUGGACAUAUUGUGGUCAGUCAGUGGUCAGAUGAAAGACGUUUAUAUGGACAUAUUGUGGUCAGUCAGUGGUCAGAUGAAAGACGUUUAUAUGGACAUAUUGUGGUCAGUCAGUGGUCAGAUGAGUAUUUACACUGCAAUCCUUUUUUAUUUGUGUGUAUUGAUUGAUGCGCUUUCAUAUUUCAACGCUUUGGCCAAACGGAUUUACGGAUGCCCUCAAGCAACAGAGACAUAAUAGUAAUCCAAUGAGUAAAACCAUUUCCAGGUUAUGCUUGUUUAUCCUACUGAUGUAUUCUUCAGUUUGUCCUCCUUUCUGUCCACUCCCUCUGUUUAUCUACCCCUCUACCCCUCUGUUCAUCUACCCCUUUACCCCUCUAUCCCUCUGUUCAUCUACCCCUCUAUCCCUCUACCCCUCUAUCCCUCUAUCCCUCUAUUCAUCUGCCCCUCUAUCCUCUAACCCUCUAUCCAUCUGCCCCUCUAUCCCUCUAUCCAUCUGCCCCUCUAUCCCUCUGCCCCUCUAUCCAUCUACCCCUCUGUCCAUCUACCCCUCUACACCUCUAUCCAUCUACCCCUCUAUCCAUCUAUGCCUCUACCCCUCUGUCCUGGCACCAUGUCCCCAUGUGCCAUAUUGGAAUUGGAGGGCACAUAACAUCCUCUCUGAACUAAACUAAAGCCAAGCUGCCACUCCCCCACCUCUACCGGCCAAAUAUUACAAAUGUUUCCCAUGAUGGAAAAUGGCUGGGGCUAUUUUAGACUUACAGUUAAACCUGGGCAUAAUAUAGCAGCACCAAACCCUCUUCCAGCACAGUGUCCAGCUCCCAGCAUUUUUAGCCUUGCUGUUAAGAAGUUAAAGCACAGAGGACACUGAGGCCUGCUUUCAUUUGACCCCCAGGUCAACCUGAAGUAACAACCUCUCUGUUAAUAGAUUUGGGCUCUAUUCAAGCUGUAUCCAUGAAGCGUUACAGAUUCUGUGCUAGUAAUUUAAAGGUGAUUUCCGAUUCAAUCAAUCAAUCAAUCAAAUGUAUUUAUAAAGCCCUUCUUACAUCAGCUGAUGUCACAAAGUGCUGUACAGAAACCCAGCCUAAAACCCCAAACAGCAAGCAAUGCAGGUGUAGAAGCACGUUGGCUAGGAAAAACUCCCUAGAAAGGCCAGAACCUGGGAAGAAACCUAGAGAGGAACCAGGCUAUGAGGGGUGGCCAGUCCUCUUCUGAUUGAGCCGACAUAUGUGGGAACACUACUACUGUGGGAACAUUGCCUUUACAUUCCAGUCUUUCUGCAACACUGAAUUUCUGCGAUACAGAUUGAAUAGUGUUCUUGGUAUUAAUAAACUAUGUGCCAUUGUACUAAUGUACUAAUGACCAAUGGCAGCAAAGUCUUGGUUUUCAUUAGGACACACAACAGAAAACAUUUUCAAAACGUUUUUUACAACAGAAAACAUUUUCAAAACGUUUUAACAACAGAAAACAUUUCAAAACUGUUUACAACAGAAAAAAAAUUCAAAAACGUUUUACAACAGACAAUGAAAAAAGUCCAGCUAGUUUUCUUCUGACCACGACCCUGAGGUAACACCAUAUCUGCUCAGGCCACCUAUUAUUAACCCAUAUAAUCAAUAACUACUAGGAAUAUUGGUUAUGAAACAGGGCUGGUAAAGAAUCGGUCACGUAUCAUCCUUCCAUCUCCUCUAUGCGAGGAAUCCUUCUGCUUGAUUUGAUAUUAAGGUCGAAUUAUAGCGAACACUCAUUAAUCACAAACCAGGGACAAGAGAUCAGAGCUCUCUCUCUGUGAAAAAACAACAACAUUUAAUGGUAGAAAGAAACAGAGAAUUGAAGGAUUUUUAAAUGAAUUACAGUACAGUGCCGUCGUCAUUAUACUGUAGAAAGGUAAUGAAUGCAUGGUCUUACACACUCUCGAUUGCAACGAUAUUUACCAUUCUCAAAUCUUUACAUUGGUGAUCUGGUAUGCUCCCUUUUACACAGUAUUCAUCCAGUCUCCCGAAACAUUCUGCAGCCCCGAAAUAGUUCAUAUCAGUACUGCAUCAUAUCAGCAACUAGAUUAGAUAUACUUUGGUACAAACUUGAUAUGACAUGUUUAGUCAACCACUCGUUAGAAAUUAAGGACUGAGGACGAGGUCUUUGGGUUUCUUGGCUGACAAUGCCGCAAUGCUUUGAGUUUUACUGGAACUCAGCAACGUCCUUCAGUUUCUCUCGCUGGUAAACAUUCUAACCUGGUACCAGUUCUGUUUGUGAUGUCUUUAAAAAAAUGUUUAAAAAAAACUGUGGUCGUCAUGCCAAACAAUGACUGUAGGAGUUGGAGCAAGAAAGCAACAAAUAGAUCCUGGAAGAAGUUAGUAACAUUCCUCUCUGUGUUUCGUUACUUUUUUAGGUUCUCAAAAACCAGUUUCAGUACACUGCUUACAAUGUGGUCAAGAAAGAUAAAAUAACAUGCACCUUCUAGCAUGUCUAGCUAGCAAUGCCAGUAACCAAUGCCAGUUACCUAUGCCAGUUACCUAUGCCAGUUACCUAUGCCAGUUACCUAUGCCAGUUACCUAUGCCAGUUAUUAAAGCCAGGCAAGCAGAAAGAUGUUUGGAAAAAUUAGAAAAGCCACAACUUAGUUUCUAUCCAGGCAAACAAUAAGCUGUAUUAUCUUUCUAAGUCAUCGGAGUGUAUUACAUAUCAGUGAGUAGUCGACAAGUAAACAAGCAUGGCCGUCUCUUUAAGAUUUCUCAGAAAACAUGUUUGCAUGUGGGAAAACGUCUGCCUCCACUAGCUUGUUAUUGAGAAAGAGUAUAUUUAGGACUAUUAUUAGCCCUUUAUCUCUCAUGUGGUCAAGAAAAUUCCUGCCUUCUCUUUAAAAAUCUAUUUUUGAAGCUAUUUUCUUGGUCCCCAGAGCAGCAACCCCUUGCCAAAACACUUUUUACUCGUAAUUAUCUGAGGAUUACUCCAAAUGUUUUCCCUGCCCCAGGAUACGUUCCAAAUGGCACCCUUCCCUACGUAGUGCACUACUGUUGACCAGGGCCCAUAGGGUAGUGCACUACUGUUGACCAGGGCCCAUAGGGUGCCAUUUGGGACACAUAUCCAGAGUCCCGUUUAUACCCUGUGUUGGAAAGCACCAGUUGGGUCUAUGAAGUAGAAAGCACUCAUUGUUCCACGAAAUUUUAGAGAAUUCUCAUAAGAACAAUCACCAUCUCUGUUCAGGCUUGUAUUAUUGCCCACGGAACUGGCUCUGGCCACAGAAUUAUAGACAGUUUCUUUUUCUCCUUUCUCUCUCUCUCUCUCUCUCUCUCUCGCCUUCCCUUUCUUAUGUCUCUUUCCUUUCUCAUAAUUUCACAUACCCUCUCUCUCUUUCUCUUU